AUGGCUACCAAAACCAAAAAGAGAUCAAAUACUACAGUCUCCUCUUCUUCCUCAAGCAACAACAAGAAGGUCAAGCAGGUCAUGGAACCCACCAAUAAGAAUGUUCAAACUAAGCUCAGUGACUCUUGGUUGUUGUCUUCAUCAUCAUCAUCAACAAUGAAUGAACAGCAUUCCACUCAACAACAAGUUCGAGGUAACCUCAAUCAAGGCUCUCUCAUGACUCACUCAACACCAUCUCUCUAUGCUGCUUCAGGUCCAUCCAAUGCUUUGCAGAAGAAACAACGUCAUGAUGAGCACAAGCACGUCAUUGAAAUUGUUGAUUCUUCUUCCGAUGAACCAUCUUCCUCUGAUGUCGAAAUUGUUAACUCUGCUGUUAGUCGCUCCUUCACUGUCACUUCUUCUUCCAUUAGAAGCUCCUCUUCUGUUAUCUCUUCCUCUAAAGAUGACUCUAAUGUUGCCUCAUCCAAUGCUAACUCUAAUGCUACUACCUCCUCCUCCACUACCACAAAACGAGGAGUCGCUUUGGGAUUUAAUGGAACUUUUUAUGGUGACAGAUUUCUCCCAGACUGUCCUUAUAAACAAAGAUCCUCCCAAAACUAA